ACAUAAAGCAUCACACAUGUGGUUCCGAGCACAUUACGAGCCAUAAUCCACACGCCAUCGCGAAAGUCAUUGGUGAAUACUUCAAAGAUAAGUUUCCUUACGGUAAAGGCCCAUCUACAAAAGAUAUGAGUCAAUCAAUCCGUACAGAUUUGGGUUGUAAGGUAAGUUAUUGGAAGGUCUGGAAGGGCAUGGAGAUUGCAAAGGCUUUGACAAGGGGGACACAUGAGCACGGGUAUGCGGUGCUUGAUGCGUACCGUUAUAUGCUUCGUUCUGCAAAUCCAGGAAGUAAGACGGCAUUGAAGGUUGAUGAAAAUGGGAAGUUCAAGUACUUUUUUGUAGCCUAUAAGGCUUGGAUGCUUGGUUUUGCGCAAAUGAAAAAAGUCAUAGCUGUCGAUGGGACAUUCUUGAGGAGCAAGUACGAAGGAGUGUUGUUGUCAGCAGUCGCACAAGAUGCGGAGAAUCAUAUUUUUCACAGUGGCAUUUUGUGUGGUGGACAAGGAGUGUGAUGCUUCGUACAAAUAUUUUUUUGAACAAAUGAGAAGCUAUAUAGAGGAUACCCCUGAGUUGUGCAUAAUUUCUGAUAGACAUCCAAGUAUCAAAAAGGCGGUUUCAAUUGUCUUCCCUACAUGUCAUUAUGGUUUUUGCAUGAGGCACCUAGGGAAAAUCUGAGAACCACCUUUCACAAUGGGGCGGUCGUAUCUCAAUUUUAUAAAGCAGCAAAAGCGUACAAUAUUGAUGUCUUCAAUGACCAUUUCAAUCAAAUCAGAGAUUUGGUUCCUGGGGCCGCCGAACAUCUUGAACGUGCUGGAUUCCACAGAUGGAGCAGGGCAUUCUGCCCCGGAAAUAGGUAUGAUUUUAUGACGACAAACGCUGCUGAGUCGAUAAACUCAAUGUUCAAUGUUGAAAGAGAAUUUCCCAUUACUGCUCUAUUUGAUUCCAUAAACAGGAGGUUUACUGAGAAAUUUCAUGAGAGGCGUAUGGAGUUCAUCGACUCACCAACCAUCUUUGUUCCCUUAAUGGAAAAAAAAAUAUCAAAAUUUAUCAACUUGGGUAAUAAGUUAUUGGCCCAUCAAAUUGCUAACUACAAGUUCAGCGUCAUCGGCCACGGUUCAGUUGCAACAGUCGAUCUGCAAAGAAGAUCUUGUACUUGUAGAGUUUUUGACCUGGACAAAAUACCUUGCCCACAUGCUAUGGCAGCGCUUCGAGUCCAAUAUGGUGAAGACUUUGCGAGGCGGAUUUAUGACUACUCAUCUCCAUAUUAUAGGGUGGAGAAUUACAUAAUUGCAUACUGUGAGGAAAUGAAUCCCGUGCCUUCUGAAGAAUCUUGGGAAGUUCCUAUGGAGAUUUUAGAGAGAGAAAUACCUCCUCCACAUGUUGAUCCGAGCAAACCGGGAAGAAGACGGACAAAGAGGAGGCGUGGAAUCGGGGAAUCACUUGCAACGAGGAAAAACAAAUGCUCCAUAUGUUAUGCAACUGCUGCAACAGAUUAUGCAAUUGUUGCAGCAGAUUAUGUAAUUGUUGCAACAGAUUAUGCAAUUGUUGCAACAGAUUAUGUAAUUGCUGCAACAGAUCAUGAAAUUGCUGCAACAACUAGGAUAUAA